AUCACGCCCUAAGAUCUGCAAUUAGAACAGAUAGACAGUUAUCAAUAGAAAAUUGCAUUGUAAGUGGAUAGGAGACCUCGCGUUUUAGCUAAAAGAGAAUACGAACAUAAAUCACGCAAUGAAAAAUAGAAAACAUGUUUUUCAAAUCGACGACAGUAUAGCAGUCUCCAUUACUUUUUAAUCGCGUGUGCUAUUAACAUUUCACAAAUUUUGUCAGAUUUUUUGAAGUUAUAUAUAUUUGCGACAAAAAUGUAUUACAAUAAAUACGACUCAGCAGUUCAUCGAAAUUUCGUAUUUAUUCAAUCAAUUUUCUUUAAAGUAAUCGGACUGUCACCGUGGACAUUAGGUAUUUUUGAAAUAUUUCGUAAACAGAGCAAAGCCAAUAAUUACCAAAAUUACAAGUGUAAAUUCUCUUACCUCGGGUCUAUAUACAAUAUAUUUUUAAUCAUUCUCAUGGUGUCAUUGAUAUUGAACGUCAUAUUUAAUGAGUCAUUUCAUCAACUAGAAAAUGAUUCAUUCUUAACCGAUUCAAUUGAAGCAAAGAUUCAUUACGUCUCAACAUUUGCAACAUGUGGAGUAUUUUCCACUUAUAUUAUCCAGCAAAAGUUCAUGAUUAAUGCAAUUAAUCGGCUAAAAAGCGUUGACGAAAAGUUAAUAAAGUGUGCAGCUUACAAAACAAAAAGUGAUAAAAUUAUUAUCGUAAUAUUUAUCAUUCAUUUUCUUUUGUUCACCUGCGAAGAGAUCGUUGAAAUAUAUUAUUAUCCAUUACAAUCAGCAUUAAUGCGAGAUUUACCGGCUGUUAUUAAUUGUUGGAUUCUUAUGCAGUACACGAUAAUAAUGGAUGUUAUCAAUAAACGAUUCGAGAUGAUUAAUUCGGCUUUUUCAAAAUUUAAAAGAAAUAAAGGUAACGCCUCUACAUCACAGUCAUCAUCCCUUUCAAAUCUGUCAAUAUUGCACGAACUAUUUUAUUAUGAUAUUGACAAUCUCAAAUAUGCUCACGCAGAAUUGUGCGAAAUUUGUCAAGAUAUUGGAGAAUUCUUUGGGUUACCUAUGUUGGUCACUAUUCUACAUACCAUUGAAACAAUGAUAGCCACAUUGUUUUUCUUUAUUGUUCUGUCUGUCAACGUACAAGAAUCUGAUCCGGGUACGUAUCUGAGUGAUGUGAUAUGGCUGAUGUGGAUUAUUCACGGAUUUAUCGUGUUAACUUCUUAUGCAACUAGAAUAGAGAAAGAAAGUAAAAAAAUAGCUGGGGUUGUUGAUGCCAUUAUGGACCAGUGCACAAUGGACAAGAAAAUGCAAAGAAAAUUGUUCAUAUUUUCACAUGCUCUUUCACAUCGAUCCGUCGAAUUGAACGUGUGUGACAUUAUGCCUUUAAACCGUACACUUUUGCAGACUGUUGCUGGUACAAUUGUAACCUAUCUCAUUAUUCUAAUACAAUUUCGCAAUUGCUCAUCUUCGAAUCAAAUUAACUAGAAUUAUUUAACUUCAGUUUAUUCUAUUUAUAAAUUAGUUUGCGAUCAAGAUGUUUUAAGCUAAUGAACAAAUAUAAUUAUUAAUAUUCACGCGAUCAUAUUGCGCACAAUGUUAUUAAAUCGAUUACAUUAAAAUAGCUCCUGACCAGUAGUUUUUCAACUCUUGCAAAUACGGUGCAGAGGUUUUUAAUUUUGCUCUUUUACAAUAUUGUAUCAGUGAAAUAUAUAAAUCCAUUAACUAAAAAAAAUAUGUAUUACAAUAAAUAUCAGCCAGUGCAUCAACAAAAUCUAACUCUUAUCCAAUACAUUUUUUUUAAAAUAAUUGGACUAUCGCCCUGGACAAUAAAUAAUUUUGGAAUAUCUCGUAAAUGCCGGAAAGUUAGUAAUGUCCAAAAUGAUAUUUGCUAUUUGUCAUACUCCGGAAUAUUUUACAAUAUUAUGCUAUUCAUUGGCAUGGUGUCAUUGGUCUUAAAUUUCACAUUUUACCAAACUAUGCAUCACGAAACUCGUACCGAUAAUUUGGUAACCGCGAAAACACUAACAGGCUUCCAAUUUCUUGCAUCUUCGGAAAUAAUGAUUCUUUUUGCAAUUUAUACAUUCCGACAAAAAGUUAUAAUUGCUGUUUUAAAUAAAUUAAAAAGCAUGGACGAUAAAUUACAAAAGUGUGGAGUUUUUGGAAUUGAUAAUGACUAUACUAUUCAUCUGAUAUUCACUAUAAAUUUUUUACUUAGCUGUUGCUUUUUGAUAACUGACAGUUAUCAUUAUCCAUUACUUAUGAUAUUAAUGCGACGCUCACCGGCCAUUCUAUAUAGUUGGUUGAUAAUUCAAUUCACAAUGCUACUUGAUAUAAUUGAUAAAAGAUUCAAAAUUCUAAACUCAAUGAUCGAGAAGCUGAGCGAUAUUGAAAAUCAAUCGGAAACAUUACCUUCCAUAUUAAAAAUGCCACUAUUGAACGAAUUAGUUAUUCAUAAAAUAACUGACAUUAAAUCAGCUUACGUUGAAUUAAGCGAAAUUGGUCAGAAAAUAACUGAUUUUUACGGGUUGUUUUGUUUAAUGGCUAUAAAGUUUAUUGGAACUGCAAGUAUAUUUGUUACAUAUUUUUUGAUGAUGUUUUUUCUCGGAGCAAUAGUACUGAGCACUAUGGUAUGGCUUACUAACGGAAUUUGGUUACUAUGGAUGACUUUUCAAAUCAUUGUCUUCACAACUUACGUCACUAGAACAAUGAAGCAGAGUAACAAUACGGGAAAAAUUAUCAACAAAUUCAUGGAUCAGAGUACGAUGGAUGAAAAAGUUGAAAAAGAAAUGGUUAAAUUUCUACGCAACCUCCCGUAUCUGAAAAUUGAAUUCACCGCCUGCGAUGUUAUUUCAAUAGAUCGUACGCUUAUAGGCACAUUUGUUGGUACAAUUGCAACCUACCUCAUUAUUCUGAUACAAUUCCGCCUGAGCCCACCUUCUGGUUAAUUCAUUAAUUCUACUUGUAUACAUCAUUAUCGCAAAUUACUGAUCAUCAAAAUGAUUACGCAAAUGGAAAAAUGUAAUUAUAAAAAUUCUCGCAACUAAGUGCGUACUAGUUGUUCCAAUAGAUUACAUAGAAGAAGGUUUCACUAGUCUUCUAUCGCUCGCCAACAAUAUACAACCGUUUUGAAAGUCACUUUAUAAUAAUUCUAAAUCAUAAAAUAAAAUAAAUAUGUAUUACAAUAAAUAUGUGUCAGUGUACCACCAUAGCUUAUUUUUUAUUCAAUAUAUUUUCUUUAAAAUAAUUGGACUGUCGCCUUGGACCAUAAGCAAUUUCGAAAUAUAUAAAAAAAAAAAUCAAAAAGUUAAUAAUGAUCAAAAUAACGUUUGCAAGUUUUCAUAUUUUGGAACAUUUUACAACAUUUUAGUAAUAAUUGGGAUGAUUUCUUCAGUUUUGUAUACUUUAUAUCAUAAGCGCUUAGCGGUAAAAAGAACAGAUUCUUUACUGACUAAACGCACUAUAUCAAGUAUUGAAACUGUCGAAGUGCUGGUGGUACUUGUUCAUUUGUCAGUGUACAUUUUCCGUCAAAAAUUGAUGAUUGGUAUUUUUAAUCGGUUGAAAAUUGUGGACAGGAAACUACAAAAAUGUGCAGUCUAUAGCUUCACAAAUGACAUAGCUCUUCAUAUAAUAUUUAUCGUAAAUUUACUUAUUUGCUGUUCCUUAAUGGUGUAUUAUUUCCAACGCUUCUCAUUAGUAGAUACGAUAAUUAAGUGCACACCUACUGUCAUUAGUACAUGGUUGAUAAUACAGUACACAAUGCUCUUAAAUAUGAUUAAUAAAAGGUUCAAAAGUAUUAAUUACACAAUCGAGAAGAUCAUUGAAGUUUAUAAAAUUGAGAAUCGACCGGAAACAGUGUGUAUUUCAAGAACGACACUUCUUCGCGAGUCUUUAAUUCAUGAUAUAAAUAAUGUUAAACACGCGUACAUCAAAUUGUGUGAAAUUUGUGAAGCCCUCGGCGAUUUUUUUGGCUUUUCUGUUUUGACAGUUCUUAUGUUUUUCGGCGCUGGAACUGUAUUUGUUGCUUACUUUGGAAUACUUCCAUAUUUCGAAGAACAGAAUCCUGGCAUUGGUCUGAUCGAGUCAAUACCAAUAUUUUGGAUGAAUUUUUCAAUUUUCAUGUUAUCAACUUACGUUAAUAAAAUAAUUAAACAGAGCAGCGAAACAGCGAAUGUUAUCAAUCUACUUAUGGAUGGAUGCACAAUAGAUGAAAAAGUUGGAAAAGAAUUGGUCAAAUUUGUACGCGAUCUCUUGUAUCUGAAAGUUGGAUUCACUGCAUGUGAUAUUAUUUCAUUAGACCGAACACUUAUAGGAACUAUUGUUGGUACAGUUGCAACUUAUCUCAUUAUUCUAAUACAAUUUCGUCCGAGUGAUGCUUGAAAUUAACUAAUUUGUUAUUUAUUAAACUAUUUCUAAUUGUAUGCAUGUUUGAAAAUUGAAUUCACCACUUGUGAUAUUAUUUCAACAGACCGUAUACUUAUAGGCACAUUUGUUGGUACAAUUGCAACCUACCUCAUUAUUCUAAUACAAUUUCGCCUAAGCUCACCUUCUGGUUAAUCUAUUCAUUCUGCUUGUAUACAUCAUUAUCGCAAGUUACUGAUCAUCAGAACGAUUACGCAAAUGGAAAAACAUAAUUAUAAAAAUUCACGCAACUAAGUACCUACUAGUUGUUCCAAUAGAUUACAUAAAAAUAGUUUUCAUUAGUCUUUUAUCGCUCGCCAACAAUAUACGACCGUUUUGAAAGUCACCUUAUAAUAAUUUCUCUAAAUCAUAAAGUUAAAUAAAUAUGUAUUACAAUAAAUAUGUGUCAGUGUACCACCAUAGCUUAUUUUUUAUUCAAUAUAUUUUCUUUAAAAUAAUUGGACUGUCGCCUUGGACAAUAAGCAAUUUCGAAAUUUACCAAAAAAACCGAAAAAUUAAUAAUGAUCAAAAUAUCUGCAAGUUUUCAUAUUUUGGAACAUUUUACAACGUUUUAUUGAUAAUUAUGAUGACUAUUAUAACAAUAUAUGCUUCAUAUAAUGAGCGCUUAAUGGUAAAAAGAAUAGAUUCUUUACUGACAAAACGCACCAUAUCAAGUAUUGAAACUGUCGCAGUAUUGGUGGCACUUAUUUAUUUAUCAGUGUAUAUUUUCCGUCAAAAAUUGAUGAUUGGUGUUUUUAAUCGGUUGAAAAUUGUGGACAGUAAACUACAAAAAUGUGCAGCCUAUAGCUUCACGAAUGACAUAACUCUUCAUAUAAUAUUUAUCGUCAAUUUACUUAUUUGCUGUUCCUUAAUGGUGUAUUAUUUCCACCGCUUCUCAUUAGUAGAUACGAUAAUUAAGUGCACACCUAGUGUAAUCAGUACAUGGUUGGUAAUACAGUACGUGAUGCUACUAAAUAUGAUUAAUAAAAGGUUCAAAAGUAUUAAUUAUACAAUUGGCAAGAUCAUUGAAGUUUAUAAAAAUGAAAAUCAACCGGAAACAGUGUGUAUUUCAAGAACGACACUUUUUCGUGGGUCUUUAAUUCAUGAUAUAAAUAAUAUUAAAUACGCGUACAUCAAAUUGUGUGAAAUUUGUGAAGCCCUCGGUGAUUUUUUUGGCUUUUCUGUUUUGACAGUUCUGAUUUUUGUCGGCGCUGGAAGUGUAUUUGUUGCUUACUUUGGAAUACUUCCAUAUUUCGAAAAACAGAAUCCUGGCAUUGGUCUAAUCGAGACAAUACCAACAUUUUGGAUGAAUUUUUCAAUUUUCAUGUUAUCAACUUACGUUAAUAAAAUAAUCAAACAGAGCACUGAAACGCCGACUAUCAUCAAUUUGCUUAUGGAUGGAUGCACAAUAGAUGAAAACGUUGAAAAAGAAUUGGUCAAAUUUGUACGCGAUCUCUUGUAUCUGAAAGUUGGAUUCACUGCAUGUGAUAUUAUUUCAUUAGACCGAACACUUAUAGGAACUAUUGUUGGUACAGUUGCAACUUAUCUCAUUAUUCUGAUACAAUUUCGUCCGAGUGAUUGAAAUUAACUAAUUUGUUAUUUAUUUAACUAUUUCCAAUUAUAUGUAUUUUGAAAAUUGAAUUCACCACUUGUGAUAUUAUUUCAACAGACCGUAUACUUAUAGACACGUUUGUUGGUGCAAUUGCAACAUACCGCAUUAUUCUGAUACAAUUUUGCCUAAGCCCACUUUCUGGUUAAUUAAACGACUCUACUUGUUUAAAUCAUUAUCACAAACUACUGAUCAUCAAAAUGAUUGUGCAAAUGGAAAAAUGUAAUUAUAAAAAUUCACGCGACUAAGUACGUACUAGUUGUUCCAAUAGAUUACAUCAAAGCAGUUUUCAUUAGUCUUUUUUCGCUCGCCAACAAUAUUCGACCGUUUUGAAACUCACUUUAUAAUAAUUUCUCUAAAUCAUAAAAUAAAAUAAAUAUGUAUUACAAUAAAUAUGUAUCUGUGUA